GGGAGAAUGAAGGUUCAAAUCGCAGCCAUCCAUUUGCUCGUAUACAACUCGUGAUUAAAAAAUACUGAAUUGAGCUGUUGUCAUAACCUUCAACCAUUCUUUCCAUGCUUGCUUUUUUUUCGUAACGAAGAGCUUCAUUAGAGGGACCCAAGAAACGACCUUUUUAAGGACGCCUACGCGUAUUAAGGCGUUUGAUACACUUGUGAGGCAGCUUAUUGUUCCAUGUGGUAUUUUCUGGAAGAUAAGGCAUUUUCUCGUGACGCCAACUAGGGCCAAGAGUAUGCCUUAAUUACAUCCACUUACACAAUUCCUUUUUAUAAGUGGGACAUUCACACGCCUCACAGAUAGAACACAGAAGAAGAAAAACCGUUGCCGAACCGGGACUCGAACCAAGGACACCCAGAUCAUCAGGAAGAUGCGCUACCCCUAUGCGAGGGCGCUUGCGAAUAUUACCAUGUAUAUGAAAUCUACAUUUUUUAAUUACAUUGCUGUACUUUUUGUGGCGUAUGCAACAGUUACAUCAGCUGCUGUUAAUUCAGAACCAUGGUGGAAAAAAGUUGCAGCGAAACAAGGACCAAUGGUUUGUGCAGAAGAGCACGUCACCGGCAGUGACCGGAAGUUUUCUAUUCCUUGGACUGGAGGUAGCUUGUGCGGUUCUGAAACCAUCGUCCGCUUUUCUUGUUGUCCUGGAUAUGGAAGAACCGAGGGUGAACGGGGUUGCCCUUUAGUAAAACCUUUGAAGAACCUUGCUGAGACUGCUCAAGAAAUCGGAGCUUCCCAGUUUGUCAAACAAGCAGACCAGUCCGGCAUUCUUCCUUUGCUUACUAAUCGAGGUGCUUACACAGUGUUCGUUGCUCGAGAUGAUGCCUUUCAGUCUUUAACCAAAGAACAGGAAAAGGCUCUGAAUGGAAGCAAAAAGUCACGUAGCAGACCUUCAGUACUUUUGUACACCAUAACAGAAGGCAGAACAACUGCCGAAGAACUUCCGAAUUCCCUUUCUACGCUUUACAGAGAAGGAGCUGUAUCUGUAACAAAGUAUCCAAGUGGACUAAUUACAGUGAACUGCAUACCUUUGGUUGCUACUAAUAUUGAAGCCACCAAUGGGAUAAUACAUGUUACUGAAUCAUUGCUAUUAUCUUCUGGACGAAAUGCCAUUACGGAUCUCCUUGUCAAAACUCCAGGUUUGGGUACAACUGCCACAGCAUCAAAAAGGGCUCAACUCUCCAAUGAGCUAAGGGAUAAGAAAGCACUGACGUUCUUUGCCCCUACUGAUGAAGCUUGGAAAUCUUUGCCUGCUCCAUUCUUGGAGGCACUCAUGGAAGACUCGAAUUCAAUGAAAGUGUUGCUGCAGUAUCAUAUUGUCAAUACUGUUUGGUGCAGCAGAGUGAUAUCUGGUACAACUGAAUUGGAAACUUUGGAAGGCAGCAAGCUUCAGUUAUCAUGCAAUGAAACUGGACAAUAUGUCAAUGAAGCACGGAUACUUGAAAGCGACUUCACUACUCGGAAUGGAAUUUUGCAUAAAAUUGACUCGGUACUUAUUCCUAAUAGAGUUCGGUCUUUGGUGGAAUAUUUGGAGAUUCGGAGUAUGACCUAUUUCUUGAAACUGUUGGAUGUCAGUGGCAUCUACACUCUUCUUACUCGUCAAGCUCCAUACACGCUAUUUGUACCUCCAGACGAAGCAUUCGAAGCCCUUUCAAAUGAAACACUCUCGGAUAUACUAAGCCAGCCUUCACUGGCCAGAACAAUUGCAAGUUUUCAUGUAGUAUCUGGAAAACAACUUACUUCUAAUGCUAUCGAUGGACAAAAAUUAACUCCUCUCCAAAGUCAAGACCAAACAUUGAGAUUAAGGAUCCAUAAAAAGAGAUUAACAGUGGAAGCAGCUUUAGUAACAGAGCCAGAUUUGCAGCUUCGCAAUGGAAUUAUACAUAUUAUUGAUAAAGUUCUGAUCCCCCCAACAACUAGCAUUCUGGAUAGACUACAAGAAGGAAACUUCAGCAUCUUCACAGGCUUGUUAAAUCAAACAAAUCCUAACUUACUAAAACUUCUUGGAGAUUCAACAAAAACAUUUACUAUCUUUGCACCAAGUGAUGAUGCACUGAAUAUCACAAUGCCACCUGGAAUGUUACAACGUUUAGUAUUAGAUCCUGAAAUGCUGUACAAGACAGCAGCUCGUCACAUCUUGCCAGUAUUUGUUGUCAGCAGCACUUUGGAACUUCAUUUUACUUACUCAUACAAAGCUGCCAGUGAUGAAUUAAUUACUAUCACAAAGGAAAACAGUAAUGCUAUAACAGUUGCUCGUCUUGCCGAAGUUGUAUCAGGUGAUAUUUUGGCAACCAAUGGAGUACUGCAUGAAAUUUCAAGAAUGAUUCAAUUCUGAACAUAAAUAUAUCUACCUAUGUCAACAGAAAUACUAUUCCAAAAUGAAACGCCACAGUCGUUUUUUUUUCUCAAGUGAAUAAAAAAGGCAAAAUUA